GACGACAAAGAACGUAAACAGGAAGAUAGGAAAGGCACACAGUGGUUAUUGCGUGUUAUUGUCUUAAUAUUUUAUUUUGUGACUGAGGAUAUUUCUUCAGACCUGCAAAAUCAGUCAAAAUGGGGAAGCGACAGCACCAGAAAGACAAAAUGUACAUCACAUGUACAGAGUACACGAACUUUUAUGGAGGAAAACGAGCAGAAAUCCCACAAGCAAACUUCAGACGGCUUCCCUUCGACCACUGCAGCUUGUCCCUUCAGCCAUUUGAGUAUCCUGUCUGCACUGAGGAGGGAGUCGUCUUCGACCUGCUGAGCAUUGUUCCGUGGAUUAAGAAGUUUGGUACAAACCCGAUCUCUGGAGAGAAACUGGAAGCAAAGUCCCUCAUCAAACUUAACAUAGCCAAGAACAAUGAUGGAAAGUAUCACUGCCCUGUUCUGUACAACGUCUUCACAAAUAAUUCUCACAUUGUUGCCAACAAGGUCACCGGGAAUGUGUUUUCUUAUGAGGCAGUUGAGCAGUUAAACAUUAAGACCAAAAGUUUUAAAGAUCUGCUCACAGAUGAACCCUUCACAAGGAAAGAUAUUAUAACUCUUCAGGACCCCACAAACCUGGAUAAGUUCAACGUCUCCAACUUUUUCCAUGUCAAGAACGACCUGAAAGUGUUGGACCCAGAUGAGGAAAAGGCCAAGCAGGACCCAGCAUACCAUCUGAAGACCACCAAUCUGGAGACGAGGGAGACUUUAGCGGAGCUUUAUAAAGAAUACAAAGGGGAUGAACUUCUGGCUUCCACCAUGAAGGAGCCGCAGGCCAAGAAGACAGACAAAUUAAAUGCUGUAAGAAAACCAUCCUCACGACACGAGGAAGUGCAGCUGCUGCUGGGCCUUCUUUUCCAGGGCGAUGGUGUUGUGGGUCCUGACGCUAUUGCAGACGACACUGUGCGUUACCAGUAUGUGAAGAAAAAGGGAUACGUACGCCUGCAUACAAACAAGGGAGACCUGAAUCUUGAGUUGCACUGUGAUAAGGUUCCCAAAGCGGGCGAGAAUUUCAUCCGUCUGUGCAAAAAGAGCUACUACGAUGGAACGAUCUUCCACAGGUCCAUCCGGAAUUUCAUGAUUCAAGGAGGAGACCCGACUGGCACAGGCACAGGAGGCGAAUCCUUCUGGGGAAAACCUUUCAAGGAUGAGUUUCGCCCCAACCUAUCCCAUACCGGCCGGGGGAUUCUCAGCAUGGCAAACUCUGGUCCAAACACCAACAAAUCUCAGUUCCUCGAGCCAAAGUUAAUGUUUAUGUUUUGCCUUUUUGUUAUGGUGGCACAGGUGUGUAGCUUUACCUGCGUCUCAGGUGAUGGCAUGUGGGUGUGGUCACAGUCUAUUUACCUGAUGUCGUUGUUCGCAGCAGGUGUUGUUGGGGUGGUCGGUGGAUUUGAGACUCUCACAGCCAUGGAGAACGUGGAGAGCGAUCCCAAAACAGACAAACCAAAGUCGGAGAUCAAGAUCAUAAGCACGACAGUGUUCGUGGACCCGUAUGAAGAAGCUGAUGCACAGAUUGCCGCAGAGCGAGAAAAGGAGCUACAGAAGCAGGAGGAGGAGAAACAGCAGGCCAACGUUGCCCAGAAGAAAGCCAAAGAGGAGCGGGCGCCAAAAACCUUCAAAGCAGGUGUUGGAAAAUACAUCAACCCUGCCACAAUGUAAGGAACACACGUGAAUACAGAUUACUACAGUCUCGCUGUGC